GUGCAGGUUGGUGUAUAUCAAGACUUUGUUAAUCUAAAAGCCAAGGUCACGUACACAGAGUACCAACCGUCUGCUCUUCCUGCCGAGAAAAAUGGAAUCAAUGGUCUCGGCGUGAUUUACCCACUAGAUGCCCCUAUCAAGUUUACUCUCUCAGAUGACAAUAAUGCUUUAGCAACACUGUACAGCAUUGUAUCAACAUCAGGACCAGUUAGUGUUUUCAGCAAUUCAACUUUCAACGGAUUUGACUACAACUUUACUGCAGUUGGAAAUUACACACUUGCAGUAACUGCCAAAAACCCGUUAUUCAGCAAAACUGUUUCUGUAACUAUUCAAAUGGUCAAAAGGGUUAGGUCAAUGACAAUCAAAGAAGAGAAAAAGGAUGUAGCCCCUGGCCAGUCAAAGAACUUUAAUUUUACAUUCACUGAUUAUGGCCAAGACACUUGUGUCUACAUUGACUGGGGUGUCUCAGGGAAAUCUUCUAAGUUUGGAAACAACAUAAAUACUUGCACAGAUACUAACUUUGCUUCAGCUAAAGCAGAAGGGGACAUGGGGUUAUUAACCACACAGCUUAUUGGAAAUACCUACUAUGCUGAAGGUGUGUAUACCAUGAAGGCCACAGCUACCAAUGCUUAUGGACAAGAUUAUCAGGAAAUCACAUUUACAAUAUCAAACAUCAAAUGUUCAAAGCCAUUUGUUUACAUUGACCUUGCUCAAACUUUAGCUUAUAAGGCAACCAAAUACUUACGUAGCUCCAUCAUACGUCUUAGAGGCAUGGCUGUAAUUUCAUGUCCUAAUGCUGUUGACAAUACAAAGUCAUGGAGAUUGGAAUCUGUUGACAGCACAACAGGACAGACUAUCGCCAGCAUAGACAUGACUGGGCUGGAUACAGAUAAAGGAGAGUUGUACAUCCCUGCCAAAUUUUUAAAGAUUGGCUUCUACAAGGCUAUCUACACCAUGGUCAUGUUGGAUGGUGAGGCUGGACCAAAUACAAUAUUCAACAAUUCAGCCUAUACUUACUUUCAGGUGGGGAAAUCAGAUUUAGUUGCUAUAAUGACGGAUGGUGGUAUGUCGGAGAUUACAAGAGGCUCCAAGCAAAUGGUCACACUUGAACCAUUGAAGUGGUCAUUUGACCCUGAUGAGGAUGUGGGGGCUGUUCAGGGUCUAAGCCUUUCUAAAUGGACAUGUACGGUUGUUACUACAAAUGGUGACCAGACAACCUGCAACAAGUUUAGCACAACAGCUCAGACGCAGAAUGUUGCUGGGUCAGCCCUAAUUCAGGGGUACACCUAUAGACUGGAAGCUACUCUCACUAAAGAUACCCGCACUGCACUGGCUGUUAUUUCUGUGGUUAUAAAUGGAACAAAUCCACCCAUCCCUGUCAUCAGAUGUACAGAAGGCAGUGUCUGUUACCCAAGAACAGGGGGCUACACUAUCCUGGAGUCUGGCAGAGUUUCCCUAGAUUGCCAGUGUCCCACAUGUAACUUGACAGCAGCCUACAAAUGGUCAGUGUUCAUUGAGGACUAUCGCUGGAAUGAUGGCUGGAGGCCACUUAAGGAUAUUGAAGUUAUUGAACACAGCAUUAGUUUGGUCUCAAAGCAGUUUACCAUCGAGAAAACUCUUUUCUCUCGUUAUUCCGACGAGACAACAAUUUUCCGCACCCAGUGCAGCAUAGCGGAUGUGGCCGGCAACAGCAGCACCUCCACCAGUCUCUACGUCAACAAGCCACCCAGGCCAGGCAACUGUUCUAUAGAGCCUGCCAACGCCACCGCCACUCCAGAUGCCUCUCAGCUGUGGCUUAUCAACUGUUGGGACUGGUAUGAUGAAAAUGGGAUUAAAGAAUUUCAGUUCUACAGUAUGACAGACCCAGAUGACUUACAGAAGGAGAUCACGUCAAUUCCUAUGGGAGCCAGUGAAUACGGGGUGAUCAACAACCAGAAGGUCUCAAUACCAAUUGGUCCCAGCUACAACGGCUACAAACAGACGGUUAUGGUUGUUGUUAAAGAUAUGUUCAAUGCUGCAAGAACAGUGACUGUGGCCAAAAUCUCAGUGUUCCCACCAGACAAAGCCUUGAUUAGACAGUACAUGAAUUCAAUCCUGGCUGAUCCAACCUCCAACUUUUUUAAAGUCUGCAAGGAAGGAGAUCAGCGCAUGGUGACGGAGAUGGCAGCGUCUGUGUUGUCUGGACUCAACCAAGACGCCAGUGACAGUAAAAAAGACUUUUCUAGCUCUGAAGUACCAAGCAACAUGAUAUGCACAGGCUAUGGUCCAAAUGAUGCUGACAGGCCUAAUGCUUAUAAAAAUGUUAGUGAAGACAGAAGCAUGGUGACACAGUAUGAAUUUGACAAGUUAAGAGAUCAAAGGGCAAAGCUUCGGACAGAUAUUGUUAAACUAACUGGAACUUUGUCAUGUAAAGAUCCCAUUUCAAUACAACAAUGUGCUGGUCUAUUGGCCCAGGCUACUGCAGAACCUACUGAAGUUACUGUAGAGUGUCAGGUAGGUUUGUACAGCUGA